AUGGAUUCCCCACCUUCCCAGCAAUCGUGGGGAAGGUCACCCACCUCCCUCACAUCUUCUUCAUCUCUUUCCAAAUCCAAUUCCGAUUCCAUCCAAAGCCUCUCAUCGAUCCUCAAUAACCCUCACGCCUCUGACGCCGCCUCCUGGGGCGCAUGGUGGUCCUCCGCCACCGCCGUCGCCCCGCCCGAAUUCGCUCCAAUCGCCGCCGCCAAGGCAGCCUCCGAGGUCUCCCGAUCCGACUUCCAGCCCUACCUCGCUCCCAUCGCCGACGCCUACCAUCGCUUCGAGGACAUCCGCAACCACGCCUCCAAGGAACAGAUCAAUGACCGCGCCAAUGCCGCGGCUGGCGCCUCCGGCCUGGGCGAGGCGCUCGUCGCUUGCCUGCGCGAGGUCCCCUCGCUCUACUUCAAGGAAGACUUCCGCCUCGAGGACGGCGCCACGUUCCGCGCUGCUUGCCCCUUCGCCAACGUCUCCGAGAACCUCGUGCUGCAGGAGAAGCUCUCGCACUACCUCGAUGUCGUGGAGCUCCACCUCGUGAAGGAGAUCUCGCUCCGCUCGUCUUCGUUCUUCGAGGCGCAGGGGCAGCUGCAGGACCUAGACGCUAAGAUCGUCCACGGUUGCACGCAAAUUCGUCACCUCAAGGACACCAUUCGCCUCCUCGACGCCGAUUUGGUCCACGACGCGCGCCAGAUUCAGGAGCUCAAUGGCACCCGGACCAAUCUCUUGGCGCUCCAGCAAAAACUGCGGCUUAUAUUCUACGUCAACCAGGCCCUCUCCGCUCUCAAAUUGUUGUUAUGUCAUGCUGAUGGGGGAAAGGAUUCUGUAUUUGUGGUGGAGAUACCUCCACAAGAAAGGAUGAAGGAAGAGGAUCGGUAUUCUAUUGAGCAUCAUAAAGGAAAAUACAAUCUUGUUGCAUCUGCAGAUUGUGCUGGAGCGCUGGAUGUGACUGAUGAUUUGCAACAUUUACUGGAUGGAGAUGAGCUCAGUGGUCUACAUUGCUUUCGGCAUCUUCGAGAUCAUGUAAUAGGAUUUAUUGAAUCCAUAAACAGCAUACUUUCAGCAGAGUUCAUUCGAGCUUCCUUACAAGAUGCUUCAGAAAAAGAUGGGAUAAUUUUAUCCAAAGCUAAAGCAAGAGCCUCCCUUCCAAUGAAUGGCAAGGAUGAUGAAGCUAAACUUCCCUCUGUUCUGAGGACUUAUCGAGAUACACUGACUGCUGAUAUGAAGAGUGCUAUUAAAACCGCAGUUGCUGAGUUGCUUCCAAUUCUUGCUUCUCGAGGUUCAGAGUCAGAGUUCUUUUCUGGAGACAGAACUGUUGACGCAGAUGGUACUUUAUGGUCUCAAAUAACCCCUGUAGCACAUUUAGUGCGGGCUGCUGAAGUGAAAAGGGCUAUUGAAUCGAUUUUGAACAACCGUGAUGGUCAUUAUGCUGCUGAUUCAGUUGUGGCAGCUAUUGCUCAUGGUGCUGCAGCUGCAGAAACAUCCCAAGAAAGUGAGUCUCAUGGUACUACAUUUUUACCAUAUUCGGCACAAAGAAGUGUUGCCAAGGGUUCUUCAUUUCAGGGAAAAUCAAUUGAUGCUGUGAGCUCCUCCAACAUGUCAAAAAAUUUCAGAGCUGAUAUAUUGCGAGAAAACGCAGAAGCAGUCUUUGCAGCGUGUGAUGCUGCUCAUGGAAGAUGGGCAAAGCUUCUUGGGGUCCGUGCAAUUCUUCAUCCUAGGUUGAAAUUACAGGAGUUUCUAACCAUAUACAACAUUACCCACGAGUUCAUUACUGCUACAGAAAGAAUUGGUGGGAGAUUGGGUUACAGCAUCCGAGGGACACUGCAAUCACAGGCUAAGGCUUUUAUUGAUUUUCAGCAUGAAUCUCGGAUGUCAAAGAUUAAGGCAGUGCUUGAUCAGGAAACCUGGGUGGAGAUAGACGUUCCUGAUGAAUUUCAAUUCAUCAUCAAUAUGCUUUUUACUUCUGAUAAUUUGGCUUCUGAGAACUUUAAUGACACUGAGGAUGAUAAUUCAACCAGUUACAAUGGUGUGGUGACUAACAAUGAUUCUAUGCAAAUGGCAGACAAUGCACAGUCCAGUGCUGAACAAGAAAUUAUGAUGGCUAAUUCCAUUGAAACAUCAGAUAAAUCCAAAUCCCAGGAUGAUUCAAUGGAACCAAACAAAGGUCACGGUGGGAUUACAUCAGCACAUAGUAACAAUACUGAGAAAGAGCAUAAAAAGUCUGCAUCUCAGGCUCUUUAUUACAAAGGUGUUGGUUAUCACAUGGUAAACUGUGGCUUAAUAUUGCUGAAGAUGUUGUCAGAGUACAUUGAUAUGAACAACCUUUUGCCAACACUAUCUUCAGAAGUUGUUCACCGUGUAGUAGAAAUCUUGAAGUUUUUCAACACAAGAACUUGCCAACUUGUGCUGGGGGCUGGUGCUAUGCAGGUGUCUGGUUUGAAGUCCAUCACAUCUAAACACCUAGCAUUGGCAAGUCAAGUCAUCAGUUUUGUACAUGCUAUUAUUCCUGAGAUUCGGCAGACUCUUUUUCUUAAGGUACCUGAGGCAAGAAAAAUACUGUUGCUUUCUGAGAUUGAUCGGGUAGCUCAGGAUUAUAAAGUUCAUAGAGAUGAAAUACACAGUAAAUUAGUCCAAAUAAUGCGAGAAAGAUUACUAGUACAUUUACGUGGGUUGCCUCAAAUUGUUGAGAGUUGGAAUAGACCUGAGGAUGAAGACCCUCAGCCAAGUCAAUUUGCCCGGUCCCUGACAAAGGAAGUUGGGUACCUCCAACGUGUUCUAUCUCGAACUUUGAAUGAGGAAGAUGUUCAAGCAAUUUUCAGUACUCUUUUCUUUUCCAUGGUUGAAAUUUUUGUAUCUGAAGAUGAUGAAAUGGAUGAUACUAAUUUACUACUAAUGCAAGUGGUUAUUAUAUUUCACUCACAAAUUUCAGAAGCAUUUUCAAAAUUUGAUAUAAGCACUCCUCAAGCUCAGAAUAGGUUAUAUCGGGAUGUUAAACAUAUUCUUCAAUGCAUACGCUCAUUGCCAUUGGGUGAUUUGAGUAAAUCUGAUACCCCAAACUGGGGUCAGCUUGAUGAAUUUUUGGUGAAAAGAUUUGGAAAUGAUGCUGUUCAGUAA